GGCACAUUGUGUGCAAUCUUUCGUAAUAUUUUCAUCAAAUCGAGCAAAGUUUCCAAAAAAACAUUCUCACGUGAUUCGAAUUUGCUACCUCAUAUUAGUAUUUUGAUGAUGAUGAAAUUCGAUCAUGUCAAAUUUUUCAUUAAAUACUGAAAUGAAAACAACUGAAAACCGUAAUGAUUUAAUUGUGACAAGAACUAAAGUUCAACAUAAUGAAGAUGAAAAUAAUCGACAUCUAUUUGAAAAUUUAGAGAUGAAACGUCUUGGUUUACCAACACAAUUUACCAGCGCAAAAUCGAAAAGAUUUCAUAAGAAAAAAAAGAGAAAAAAUCGAAAUUCGAUUAUCGAUCGUAUGUUACAAAAUUGGAAUGAAUUUCAAAUCAGUUCGUUUGAUGAUUCUAAUGUUGAAAAUAUUGUUUCUGCUGGAAAUGAUCUUCCAAAUAAUGAUGAAGAAGAAGAAGAUCAUUUAAAAAUUCAACAUCAUUUUAUUGAAUCGAAUGUUAGUGUUGAAAUGCCUGAUAUAAUCGAUGAAUAUUAUUCAGAUGAAUAUUCAAAUGAUGAAGAAUUGUUGGGAAAUUUACAAGAAGAUGAUGAAGAAGAAGAUAUGGAUAUUUCUUCAAUGGAAGAAAAUGAAGAUGAUCUGGUCGAAGAAGUUCCAACUAAUUUCAUGGCAAAAAAUAGCUACGAUUAUCAAGAUAUGCAAGUAAACAAUAACAACAACAACAAUCAAAGAAAAACUAAUCAUACCGAUGGUAUCGAUAUAAUGAAAACGAAUAGUGUUCCUUCAACGAAUAAUGAUUCGAAUAAAGUACAGAGAAAAUCUAACCGAAGAAAAAGUAAAAUUCGUUGGAAUAUUUAUUGGCGACAACGUUUUAUAUUAUUUUCACGUUUUAAUCAAGGUAUUCGAUUGGAUAAAGAAUCAUGGUAUUCGGUUACACCAGAAUCUAUUGCCAAACAUAUUGCCGAACGUUUACAGAAUACAUUAUCGAAACGUUAUCCUGAUCGUAGUAUGGCAGGUUUUAUUGUUAUGGAUCCAUUUUGUGGUGCCGGUGGUAAUAUUAUACAAUUCGCUUUACAACCAUUAAUAAGAAAAGUUUAUGCAAUCGAUAUUGAUCCGGAAAAAAUUGCUAUGGCCAAACAUAAUGCUCGUAUAUAUGAAUGUGAUAAAAAAAUUGAAUUUAUUUGUGGUGAUUUUUUUCAAUUUACCAAACAUAAUCGUUUUCCUGAUAUAAUUGAUGCUUGUUUUUAUAGUCCACCAUGGGGUGGACCAGAUUAUAUUAAAUUGAAAAAAUUUUCAUUAAAUCAUAUGAUACCGAAUGGUUUUGACAUUUGUCGCCAUACAUCAAAAUAUUUAACACAAAAUAUAAUAAUGUUAUUGCCAAGAAAUUUUGAUGAAAUUGAAUUGCAAAAAGUUUCCGAUCUUGUUUAUAAUGUUGAUCCUAAUCAACCGACACAACAAGCACGUGUUGUUGAAUUAGAACGUAAUAUGAUUUUCAAUAAAGUCAAAACAAUUACAGCAUAUUUUGGCGAUACGAUUGAUGGUUUUAAUCAAGUUCCAACGAAAGUUUUAUUUGAAACAAAAUGAAUUUUAUUUUUUCAUUUCAUUUCAUUGAUAUAUCACAGCUAACAUUUUUCAUUUUUCAUUCGAUGUAUCCAUUGUUUUUUAUCUAAAAU